AACAUCAACCAGCACACUCCAGCAAUCAUUGAGCAACACAUACAGUACGUGGUUGUUCCUUAUUUGAUGUUCACGAUGUCAGCGUUGAGCUUCACUGGAAGACUGGCGCUGGUUACAGGUGGUGGAGGUGGCAUUGGUCGAGCCAUCUGCCAGGUGCUGGCCAAGAAUGGUGCCAGUGUGGUCGUGGCCGACAUAAAAUUCAACAGCGCCCAAGAUACGGUCAAUAUGCUCCCCGGAUCUGGAGACCACCUUGCUCUGGCCAUGGACGUAUCAGAUAAGAAUUCUGUUAACUCUGGCAUUAAAGCCAUCAUAGACAAGUACCAGAUACCACCCAACCUCCUGGUCAACAACGCCGGUAUUCUGAGGACAAACCCAUUCUGUGAAGUUGAUGAAACUACUUUCUCAGACGUAAUGGACGUCAACCUCAAGGGCACCUUCCUGGUGAGUCAAGCAGUAGCCAAAUCGUUGUUGAAGCAAGAAGAUCCCCGAGGCGCUGUGGUUAACAUAGCGAGCAUCAGUGGCAGGGCGGGACUACCCUACGUGUGUCAUUACGGUGCCAGCAAGGCUGGCGUGAUGGCCCUCACGAAAACAUGUGCAACAGAACUGGCUAGGAAGGGAAUCCGAGUGAACUGUGUUAUGCCCGGCCUCAUUGAAACUCCUCUGCAUGAAGAUAUUCCGAAGAGAAAAACACAGAAAGUGGUUGACUCCACACCACUUGGCAGAGCUGGAAAACCUGAAGAGGUGGCCGAGGUCGUGGCCUUCUUGUUGUCGGACAAGAGCAGUUACAUGGUCGGGGCGUGUGUGGAGGUCACCGGUGGCUAUAUGAUGUGAGGCACCCACCUUCCACCUCAAGUUAUACUGUAGGUUGGACCCCGUGGAACCCAUGUUUGGAUAUACUGUACAUGUAUUCACAAAUACCAUAUAAGACUACUUAAGGGACCAUCCCUUAAGUAGUGUUCUGGUCGAUACCCCCAUAUCUAUAUCAUAAUUUGGGUACAACAUGUCUCUCAGAAAUAACUGCUGCUGGGACCAGUUAAACAAUUCAUAUGUAUAAAUUUGUAGGACAAUUACAAGCCAAUAUACGGCUGAAGUAGUUGGUUAGUAUGUGUGCCCACCCCGACAACUGUUGGAUCAUUUUCAAGUAUAUAUAUAUAUAUAUA